GUGCAUCUGAGCUAUUUAUCUGCAUCCGUACACAGUACCACAAGGAUGGCUGUCUCAGUACGUCGAUGUACAAUCAUACUGGGACUUCUUGUCUUAAUACUGACCUGCUAUGCAGAAGACAAACCACAGGAAAACUCAGAUCCGAAACCAGAUGAUUCAGAAACAAAGCCAGUCACAGACAUCCCCAAAUUUCUGAAUCUCCUGGGAACAGAGAUCAUUGAGAAUGCAGUUGAUUUCAUCCUUCGCUCCAUGACCAGGGGAUCGUAAGCACCGAGACGAACCUUGCCUUCGUCCUGUUUCCUGAUAAUAAUGACCAUAUUGUGUCAAAAUAAAUAAAAAAGGAAAUUUAUACUACA